AUAAGUAAAUUGUUAAUGUCUAUCAUUGACCCUUGGACUUAGAUACGGCAUAUAAAAGACACCGAGAAAAGUUUAAGUAAUUUUGGAUAUAGUAUUAACACGAGUUUUUAAUCAUGGGAUCUGAAACCGUGAGUCCUAUUAAAUAUUUCCUCAGCGGAGGAUUUGGUGGAAUAUGUACAGUAGUUGCUGGCCAUCCUCUUGAUACUAUCAAAGUGCGUCUUCAAACUAUGCCACUUACUGGACCGAAUGAAAAGCCUCUGUAUAUAGGUACAUUAGAUUGUGCUAAAAAAACUAUAGCAAAAGAAGGAAUACGUGGUUUAUACAAGGGUAUGGGAGCACCAUUAGUUGGAGUGGCACCUAUAUUUGCAAUGAGUUUUUUGGGAUAUGGUGUUGGAAAAAAGUUACAACAAAAAAAUCCAGAUGAUAAGCUCACUAUACCACAAUUAUUUUAUGCUGGUGCAUUUAGUGGAAUAUUUACAACUAUUAUCAUGGCACCUGGUGAACGGAUAAAGUGUCUAUUACAAAUACAACAUGCAGAUGCAGAGAAAAGAUAUAAAGGUCCCUUUGAUUGUGCUAAACAACUUUAUCGAGAAGGAGGCCUUAGGAGUAUUUAUAAGGGUACAUGUGCAACCUUUUUGAGAGAUGUACCUGCAAGUGGAAUGUAUUUUAUGACAUACGAAACUAUACAAAGGUGGAUAGUACCUGAUGGAGAAAAACUAGGUUUAUUAUCAACAAUAUUAGCCGGUGGUUUUGCUGGUAUUGCCAAUUGGGUAGUUGGUAUUCCACCAGAUGUUUUAAAAAGCCGAUUGCAAGCAGCUCCUGAAGGCACAUAUAAAAAAGGUAUUCGUGAAGUGUUUGCACGUUUGCUAAAAGAGGAGGGGCUAAGAGCACUUUAUAAAGGGUGCACACCCGUUAUGUUACGUGCUUUUCCCGCAAAUGCGGCAUGUUUUCUUGGAUUUGAAGCAGCUAUGAAUGUUUUAAAUUGGAUAGCACCUAGUUUAUAAAAUUAAACUUAAGACUGCAAUAGCAAUUAUUCAAAUGGUUUAUUAUAUUUUUGUUGAUCAUACUUUUUAUACAAUGUACUAUUUUGUAGAUCAUAUUAAAAGUUUAUCAAUGUAAUCUCAUAA